AUGUCCGAUGCUGUGCCGCAGCCCUCAGCCACCACCUCGGAUCCCCCGCCUGCGACGUCCUCCACCGCCGAUGAGCCCAAGUACGGCGGCCACACGCGCUUCGAGAUCGAGCUUGAGUUCGUGCAGGCCCUAGGCAACCCCAUCUACCUGAAUCACCUGGCCGUGAGCAAGGUGCUCUCCCAGCCCGCCUUCGUCGCCUACCUCGACUACCUACAGUAUUGGACCCGCCCACCGUACGUCAAGUACCUGACCUAUCCCGGACCUACCCUGCGCAGCCUUGAGUUGCUGCAGCAGGAGAAGUUCAGGCAGGACAUCAUCAUGCCGGAGCUGGUAAACGCGCUGGUAGAGCAAGGGAUGCGGGCUGCCGUCGAGUGGCACAUGGAGGACAAGAAGCCUUGA